GAUUGACUAGUAUUCUUACGUUUGUCGAUAGUGCCGCCAUCUUCUCGCCUAAAAAUUGCAGAAGACGGGACACCUAACAAAUACAACCGCAAUUACCACCGUGUUAUUGCUGUAGUUACCAUAAAUACAUUCGAACACAGACUUCUUUGAGUGUUUAUUCUAAGCCUUGGUUAGCUGGCAACUUCAGAUAGGUUAACACUAGAAGGAGAACUAAAAUACUGUUGAGCAUUAGUUUGGAAAGUUAGCUAGCGAGCUAGUAUUUUUCGUGUGUAAGAAAUGAGGGGAAGUUCAUCGUAUGGAGACAGAGAUCGGGACCGCGGACGUGACCGAGGGCCUCGUUUUGGGUCGAGUCGCAGUGGCCCCCCUCCCACCAAGAAGUUUGGGAACCCGGGGGAACGUCUGCGCAAGAAGAAGUGGGACAUGGACGAGCUGCCCAAGUUUGAGAAGAACUUCUACACCGAGCACCCGGAAGUGCAGCGCCUGAGCCAGUAUGACGUCGAGGAGCUUCGCCGGAAGAAGGAGAUCACCGUCCGCGGUACAGGCGGCGUUAAACCGGUCACCGGCUUCCACCAGGCUCAGUUCCCCCAGUACGUGAUAGACGUGCUGGUGCAGCAGAACUUCAAGGAGCCCACGGCCAUCCAGGCCCAGGGGUUCCCGAUAGCUCUCAGUGGCAGGGACAUGGUGGGCAUCGCCCAGACGGGAUCUGGGAAGACCCUGGCGUAUCUCCUGCCGGCUAUAGUGCACAUUAAUCACCAGCCUUACCUGGAACGUGGGGACGGUCCCAUUUGUCUGGUUCUGGCUCCCACUCGCGAGCUGGCCCAGCAGGUGCAGCAGGUGGCGUUUGAGUACGGCAAGUCCUCCCGCAUCAAGAGCACCUGCGUGUACGGGGGGGCCCCCAAGGGCCCGCAGAUACGAGACCUGGAGAGAGGCGUGGAGAUCUGCAUCGCCACCCCGGGGCGUCUCAUCGACUUCCUGGAGGUGGGGAAGACGAACCUGCGGCGCUGCACCUACCUGGUGCUGGACGAGGCCGACCGCAUGCUGGACAUGGGCUUCGAGCCGCAGAUCCGCAAGAUCGUGGACCAGAUCCGGCCGGACCGGCAGACGCUGAUGUGGAGCGCCACCUGGCCCAAGGAGGUGCGGCAACUGGCGGAGGACUUCCUGCGGGACUACGUGCAGAUCAACGUGGGCGCCCUGGAGCUCAGCGCCAACCACAACAUCCUGCAGAUCGUGGACGUGUGCAUGGAGAGCGAGAAGGACAACAAACUCCUCCAGCUGAUGGAGGAGAUCAUGGCUGAGAAGGAGAACAAGACCAUCAUCUUCGUGGAGACGAAGAAACGCUGUGACGAGCUGACUCGCCGCAUGAGGAGAGAUGGCUGGCCUGCAAUGUGUAUCCAUGGUGACAAGAGCCAGCCGGAGAGAGACUGGGUGCUGACAGAGUUUCGCAGUGGCAAAGCCCCAAUUCUCAUUGCCACUGAUGUGGCAUCCCGUGGUCUAGACGUGGAGGACGUUAAGUUUGUCAUCAACUACGACUACCCCAACUCCUCGGAGGACUACGUGCACAGGAUUGGCCGCACGGCCCGCAGCACCAACAAGGGCACGGCCUACACCUUCUUCACCCCCGGGAACCUGCGGCAGGCCCGCGACCUGAUCCGGGUGCUGGAGGAGGCCCGGCAGGCCAUCAACCCCAAGCUGCUGCAGCUGGUGGACUCCGGGCGCGGAGGCGGAGGCGGUGGGCGGUCCCGAUACCGCACCAGCGGCUCCACCGCCAACAACCCCAACAUGAUGUACCAGGACGAGUGCGAGAGGCGCAUGCGCAGCGUGGGCGGGGCCAGCAAGGACAGCCGGGACGGGAGGGGCGGGGGGGGCGGCCGGGACGGGGACAGGUCCUCCUCCUCGUACCGGGACCGCAGCGGCCGGGACGGCCGGAGCGGGGGCAGCUACGGGACGGGCACAAACUCCACCCCGUCCUUCGGGGGCGUGGGGGACCAGUACCAGAGCUACAGCGGGAGCGGGGCCAGCCAGUACAACUCGAGGGCCGGGGCCCAGGCCGUGGCCAGCGUGCCCGUGGGGGGCAGCGGGGGCCAGGAGCAGGCGGUCCAGCAGCAGGGGCAGUUUGGGAACAUGGGCGGCAGGCCAGGCCAGCCACCCCCGCCGCCAGGAGGACCACAGCCCCUGAUGGCGCAGCAGUUCAACCCCCCCCAGCCCAUCAUGGGCUUCAUGCCGCAGGGGCCCUUCCAGUUUGCGCCUCCGCCUCCCCCCCCUCCUCCCCCCCCUCGAAAAUAAAGGCAGGGAACCACGCCCCUUCCUCAGGGGUGGGAUGUCUUUUCCAGGGCUAAAUUAAGGUAGAGAAUUUCUGUCUGUUGGUCUUUUUCAGGGGACUGGGGAGAAAGAGCUGGGCAAGUUUAAGGUUAGUUUCAUGAGGUUUUUUUUAUGCUUAAAGGCCAUUGGUUCAUUGACUUAGAUUGUGAGUUUUCAGUUGGAGCUCUUUCUCGAGGCCACAGCUUUUCCCUCAGCGUGCAGUUGAAGGCCUCAAAAUGGCCACAACACUCAACACAACAUUAGCAGGGAAAUUUACAUACCGUCAAAUCAUAACAUUGCAAAUCAAUGAGUUUUGACUGAUUUUUAGUCUUCACAGAAAUGGGUAAGGGGUUAGGAUUGUGUGUGUGUUGAACUGUUCUGUGUGUUUUUCUAAAGCGUUCAGUUUGCCUGACGUUCUAAUCAGACUGAAAAGGAAGGAGGUUUCAGGGGUGCAGUGUAAAUAAUGGCAUUUUGUCAUUUGGAAGUUUCUUUUCCAAGGCAAAUUCUGCCAGUUAGGUGCCCUUGGUGAAGGAUUGAGAUAUUAAAUUGAAAACGCAACACUAGCGCAAAAAUGUUCAGCUUAUCAUAAAAAGGUACAAUUUGGCCACAGAGAAAUAUACUGAAAUAUAUGUUUCUGUAAAUCAUAUAUCUACCCAGUGAUUUUCUUUUAUUUUGGAGCGGUUCUUUUCCAUUUUUGACCACACCAGAUUUCAUGUGUAAUGUAAGUACUUAGUAGUGUCAUCAGGCUCAAUGUAAUUUAUCAAUGACGCGUCCGUUCUUGUUUAAUUUUAAACACCCCUGCUUUCAGAUAUGUGGUACCCUUAUAGCGUUUCCCCAUUUACACUAUUAUUAUUACCCUUGAGCUCUUUCUCUGUAACGCGUAUACCUUUCCCUAUAGCUGAUGUAUUUUACUUUUUCAUUUGGGUCUUGCAAGAGGUAGGUGCUUCAAUUAUUGCUCUUUCCAUUCUCAUUCCUGCAGGGGUGCAUUACCGGAUUGCGCUAGUUUAUUCUCUUGGCUGUUCUUGGGGGCUGAGCACCUGUACCUGCCAUACAGGCUUUAACUUCUUUCUGUUAUGCGAACAGAGUAGAAAAAUGUACCUAAAAGGGGCCAUUUUUAUUUCCGCAUUUUAGCAGCUCUUCGGGGGUAAACCCCCCCCCCCCC